AUGAUUGCAUCUUCUUCAUUCACAUGGCAGUUCUUGAAUAAACCAGAUCUUACUGCAAUACGUUCCAGACUGGCUGUCUUACCCAACAGAACAGCUUUCAGAGGAGAAAGAGAGCCGGUCACAAUAAGAAAAGAAAUAAGACUAGCAAAAGUUCAAUCUCAAAAAGAUUGGCAAAUAAAAAGAAGGCCAAAAAGAAAAAAGUUUCGUUUUUUGUUUUUGAACAAGAGGUUCAAAGAUUUGGAAAAGGAAGAAAAGGUGGAUUUUUUCACUUGUGCAUGGGAGGAACACCAGCUCACCGGAAAGAUACACCUGUUGGAGCGAUAUACCACCGGACUUGCGUUUGCCCAAAUGUCUGCCAAGCAGGGCAUCAAGAAGUACCACAAAGAAGCGGAACUGAAGCUAAUUGCCGAGUUUGCACAGUUGCUGGAUUUCCAAGGUUUCCAUGGAGUUAAAGCAGACGGACCCAACGGCAUUUCUUUGGAAGAAAAGAGAGGAGCCGGAGGCAUGAUCAAUCUUAUUGAGGAAAAGAUCAAUAGAGGACAAACCAAUGAAAAUCCAGUGCAAAGUUGA